AUGUUCCUGCAGCGCUCUGCCGUGGCCGUCGCGCGCCGCGCCGCCGUCUCCCCGCUGCUCCGUCGCAGCAUCGCUACCACCGCCGUGCGCCGCAAUGCCGUUCCCGACCAGCCCAAGAUCAAGACUCUCAAGGACAUCAGGACAGAGGACGACCUGAUCGGCCCCGGCGCCAAGCCCGGCACCGUGCCCACCGACCUUGAGCAGGCCACCGGUCUUGAGCGUCUCGAAAUCCUCGGCAAGAUGGAGGGCGUUGAUAUCUUCGACAUGCGGCCGCUGGACGCCUCGCGGAAGGGCACACUCGAGAACCCCAUCAUGGUUCGCUCCGCGGGCGAGGAGCAGUAUGCCGGCUGCACCGGUGUCCCCGCCGACUCCCACAACGUCAUCUGGCUUGCGAUGACCCGCGAGCGUCCCGUUGAGCGGUGCCCCGAGUGCGGCAGCGUCUACAAGAUGGAGUAUGUCGGCCCUCAGGACGAUCACCACGAUCACGGCCAUCACCACGGCUGGGAGGAGCCCAAGACCUUCGCCGACUACGUCAAGCCCCAGUACUGGUAAUUCACGCAUUGGGAGGCCGGGAUCGCAGAGAGGAAGAGGGCAAGUCAGGGCGGCUGGCCUUGUAGAAUAUCCAGACAGGCGGGGCGAGCUUGUAUAGAGUCACUAUUUUCUUUUGUCUCAGACGCUAUCUGACCUGACAGCUUCCCAAAUAAGCAAAGUAGAGCACACUCUUGAGGGGCAUGACGGCGUAUCUCCUCUCCGGCUUAGGAGGUGCCUCCCAACCAACGCCUCACUCAUGUUGGAAGCUGGACGGAUGCUUCACGCUUCUCUAGGUUGCACUCGCUGAUCCUGCGACGAAUCAGGCUUCAUCGAAGCUCCCCGUACCGGGUUUCCUUCGG